AUGGCCGAAGCUGCCUCCGCGUUGUGUGACCAUCUCGAUGAUCAACAGCAGAGAGUUGACGGAGCAGGCCGUCAUGAACGUCAGCCGUCCCCGUCCCCUACGGGAUCCCCGGAACUAUCGGCUGUCACCCCAGAGCCUCAUGUCCUCCGUGACAUCCCUUGCGAGGGUUGUAUCAGGGCGGCCAUCGCCGGCAAAGGGCAAGGUCGGUGCUACGAGGUGACCAAAGGCCGGUCACGUCGCUGUCGUUCGUGCAAGGUUGGCAAUCACACUUGCAGGCCUUGCCAUUCCGUUUUAGUCCCUAUAGCCAAACGGAUGUUGUUGGCGCUGGACGUCGACUCGAAGAUGUAUGACCGGUGCCGUAAGGCGCUGCGUCUGCAGCUUGACCUUCUGGCGGAGUCCAACUCUGUCUAUGAGGGUUUCGAGUCCAGUGAUGCUGGGGCUGGUGUUGCUACUAGGGGCUCCUCAGCAGCGGCUGAACGGAAACGUGCCAGUGUGAAGGCCGCCGUGGAGAACCUCGUGGAGGCGAUCCUUUUGUAA